UUUUCAAUUAGCCCCUGAUGGGUGGAGUAAAGCAAUCAGGAGUAAGUACAGCUCACCCGGAGCCUGCUCCUUCAGUCUGCCACAGACUCCACACAGGCACACACUCCUCAGACAGGAAGCUGAGCAGUGCUAGGUCAAAAUGACAGAACGCUACGACUGCCACUACUGCAAAGAGUCCCUGUUUGGGAAGAAGUAUGUUCUGCGAGAGGAAAAUCCCUACUGUGUGAAAUGUUAUGAAAGCCUGUACUCCAACACCUGUGAGGAGUGCAAGAAGCCUAUUGGCUGUAACACCAGGGAUCUUUCCUACAAGGACCGUCACUGGCAUGAGGAAUGCUUUAAGUGCUUCCAGUGCAAGCGCUCCCUGGUGGACAAGCCCUUCUCUACCAAGGACGAGCAGCUCCUUUGCACCGAGUGCUACUCCAACGAGUAUUCCUCCAAGUGCCAUGAGUGCAAGAAAACCAUCAUGCCAGGCUCCAGGAAGAUGGAGCACAAGGGGAACAGCUGGCACGAGACCUGUUUCACCUGCAAGCGAUGCCAGCAGCCUAUUGGCACCAAGAGCUUCAUCCCCAAGGACAACCAGAACUUCUGUGUGCCCUGCUAUGAGAAGCAGUUUGCCAUGCAUUGUGUGCACUGCAAGAAGCCCAUCACCACUGGCGGGGUGACCUACCGUGACCAGCCCUGGCACAAGGACUGCUUCCUUUGCACUAGCUGCAAGCAGCAGCUGUCUGGACAGAGGUUUACCUCCAGAGACGACUUUGCCUACUGCCUCAACUGCUUCUGCAACCUUUAUGCUAAGAAGUGUGCCUCGUGCACCACCCCCAUUAGCGGUCUUGGGGGCAGCAAGUAUAUCUCCUUUGAGGAGCGUCAGUGGCACAAUGACUGCUUUAACUGUAAGAAGUGCUCCGUGUCCCUGGUUGGCCGUGGAUUUCUCACCGAACGCGACGAUAUCCUGUGCCCAGAGUGCGGCAAAGACAUCUAAUUCAGCCCGAGUGAUGACCGUUACAUCUGACGGGAUGACCGCGUUAUGAUCAGGGAACGAUGCAGAGUUGAUAAAUUCUAUUUGAGCACAGUGCAUGACAUCUAUAACAUCGUUACUACAAAGCAAUACUAUGAAUGUACAUGAAAUACAAGCUACUAACAGUGUUCUUUGAGAUAAGAGAGUUCAUUUAAGUUAAAUGUUCACUAUUUGAGGAAAGAAAAAGUAAUUACUAAUCAAUAAAUGUAGGCAUGAAUCUGCUGUAUUGUGCUCAUGAAGAGAAAAUGUUUCCAAGUAGAUACUGAAGUAAGGAUUCUGAGGAAAAUCUACAAUUUUACUGCACAUUAUCAGCUUAAUAAUAGUAAUUACUGCUUUGUGCAUGUAAUUAGAGUUUUUGUGACAUUUAACCACUUAAAUAUUAAAAAUGCAUAUUUAUUCAUAUAAAGGAAUAAAUAUGAAUACAUUGCAUGAAAGAUGAAAAAUAUAAAUAAAUAAAUUCUGCAUGAAAUAAGAUGAUUUCAGGAUUUCUAAACAAAACACAAAAACAAAACAAAAAUAUCAAAAGAGAUUAAAAAUGGCAAAGUCAAAAUGUUUUUAUUGGUAACUUACAAAAAGAAAAGAUUAAAAAUGUUCUAGAAAAGCACUACAGAUUGCUCGGUGGAAGAUUUUUAUCAUUUCAUUCAGUGUUACUCUAAUGUCCAGUUGAACACCAUGUCAAACAUGACACAUAAAGCCCGUAACAUUUCUUACAUAAUUAAAUCAAUGAACAUCCUUAUUUUUUUUUUUUUAUUUAAUUCAUUUUUUAUGACACUUUUGUACAAACACUGAUUCAAAGCACAUUUUCCGGUGUGUUUUAAUGAACUCCACAUCGUAACUGCAAAGUCAAUUCUCCUUUUCUCCAGUAAAUAGGCUUCAAAAGUUCUGCAUUCUUGGUUUUGCCCAAGCUCGUUUUAUGUGUCUGAAUUAUUAAAAACUGGUAUUCAAUUGCAACCCAGUUUCUGAAAAGUUGGAAAACUGUAAAAUGUUAAUACAAUUUGCAAGACAUAUCAACGAUUGAAAAACAGGUUGUUGUGUUUUUAAGUGGUAUGUUUAACGCUGUGUUGCUCAUCACAGGUAAGUGUUUGGAAAAUGAGGAGGUAAAUUCUUGUAGUUCUCAAAGUCUUGCUUGGGUUGAGAUUUCAGGGCUUCUUUGGUCAGAUUUUUGGACGUUUUUCCUACUAAGCUACACUGUUGGCUUAGCAAUGUUGGCUAAAAUACACAAGAGGCCUCCACAGAAAAGUCUUCUGGAUUCAAGUAUGUGAUGCUGUAUUGUUUAGCAUUAUUGAUGCCUUUACAGAUGUUGCUCAGUCUAUGUUCACUAACGUAAGCCUAUGCCAGCACAGUUGCUGCCUUUGCUCUUGGUGUCAGUAAGCCAGGCCGUCCCCCUACCACACGAUUUUCAAAUACCUUAUGACUGCAAAUUUACAUUUUUCUUGUCACAGGAGAGCAUUUCAUUUCACUUUAAUCCAUUGUUUCUUACUUGUUUUUGUUUUUUUAACUUUGCAUAGUGUUGUUUAACUUGUAUUUUUGGUUUAAAUAAUUUGUGUUAAUUUGUUCAUAAAGAGAAGAUUAUCUUUAGAUUAAAAAAAACAAAACCCCCAAUUCCAAAAAAUAUAAAAACAGACUGAAACGAUUUGCAAAUUUUAUGAAAUUUAAUUAAACCAUAAUUUAUUCACAAUGAAACAUAGAAAACAUCAAAUAUUUAAACUGAGACAUUCUAUUAUUUCAUAAAAAAUACUUGCUUAAUUCAAAUUUAAUGGCAGCGACAUGUGAUGGGGCAACAAAUGGCUGGAAAAAUAGCUCAUACUAAAAAAUACAACUGGAACUAGUUUGCAGCUAAUUAGGUUAAUUGGUAACAGAUCGUGACAUGAGCUGAUAUUAAAAAAAGGAGCAUCUUAGAGAGGCAGAACUUCUCAGAAGUAAAGCUGUGCACAGGUUCACCACUCUGCAAAGAAUUGUGUUCACAAUUGUUGCAUCAAUCUAUUUUAGAGUAAUGGUCUUAAAUGUAAAAUUGAGAAGAGUUUCUCGUUAUCUCAGUACAUAAUAUCAGCAGAAUAUUCAGAGAAUCUCUGUGCACACCAAUAAGGUGAAAACUCAGUAUUGGAUGCCUGUGAUCUUCGCACCCUCAGGCAGCACUGCACUGAAAACAGGCAGGAUUCUGUCACAGAUCACUGCACAAGCUCAGGAAGACUUCCAGAAAUCACUGUCUGUGAACAUAGUUCACUGUGGCAUCCACAAGUGCAGGUUAAAGCUUAAUCAUU